GUGUGUGUGUGUGUGUGUGUGUGUGUGUGUGUUUCAGCUCUCUGUGUGUUACCGGGGAGACGCGCUUGCAGGAUGCGGAGUAUCCGGUAACGCGCUCGUAGCUUUUCCAAAAGAUGCGUGUUCUCGAUAUCCCCAUGUUACCUCAUGUCUGACUGAACACUGGCUGUGUGCGCGUGUCCGAUUCACUGUGCUUUAAAUUCAGCGCUGUUUUAAACUUUCGCGAUUCCUCAAGGACACUGAUAAGCUUGUUUAGAGGUGCGCGUUGAUUUCAUCAUGGUUACAGACCUUUUGACCGUGUUGUAACGCCGCCGGACAUCUGGGACAGUAUGAGCAGUGAAUCAGACUCACGGGUUUAUAUCUGCAUAAACACUGAUGAAACUGCGAGCAGGGGAACAGAAUGACACCGGUGUGGAACCAGCGACCGGGGCGAGAGCCACCGAGACCCAGAUGGGGACUGACAGAUCAAAGGAUUAAACUGCCCAAAUGCCCAAAUGUUGCCCCUCGGCAGCCUCUUCCCUCUUACCUGCACAGAUCCAGACCCCGAAGACCCCUGACAGACUUUGGGCCUUCAGAAAGCCCUGUGUGUCAUUGGGAAGAAGCAGGAGUGUCCAGAGCGAGUGGUUAUCAUGCCCGGCACGCAGAAUCAAGCCCUGUGCGCCCGCGGAUCGUGAGCGUGGUGCGAGCGUGUGGACAGGACAGCGUGAGGAAGAUCUCGCUGCUGUUGAACCGGCGCGCCGUGCAGACGUUCGAGCAGCUCGUGGCAGAUGUGUCCGAGGCGCUGGGCUUCCCCUGCUGGAACAACGCUCGAAUACGACGUCUCUUUAGCCCUUCUGGCCGAGAGAUACAAAGCCUCACUGACUUCUUCCGCUUCGAUCAGGCCUUCCUGGCUUUCGGGAACACCCGGCCGUCGCUUGAGGAUAUCAGUGCAGCUCUGGAUGAGCUCUAUCCCGAAAACCCUGCGCACUGCGAACACUUGCUGAGGGUGUGGGAGCGUAUCCUGAGACCCAAGGCCACUAAAGCUGACAGUGGUUUCCAUGAUGACGAUCCUGAGGUGUCCUUACCUGCGGUGCGGCGGGAUCAUCAGGUGAACCAACCACCGGUCAACAACCUGCAGCCUGUUGGAAGGCAAAAGGUGAAGAGAGAAAGGCAAAGAGAACUAUGGAGGAGGAAAGCUGACCUGCUGAAGGAAGAUGAGAAGGAGCCGAGGAAAGAGGAAAGAAAAAGAGACGCUGUUUUCUGCCGGAGCUGUCGAGGAUGCGUCCCUCCUAUUCCUCCAAUCAGAAGCAGUCGAAGUUCUCAACCGGACAGGACGAAUAACCCCAGUAAUAAAAGUAGUACAUCUCAAAACAAUAUGGUUUCUUUGGACAAAGCACAGCAUAGACCGCUGAAAGCAGAUAAGCAUGUUGCCAAUAGCAAAUCUAGCCCUUCUGUUCCUCAAAACGCUCUUAACUUAAUGAUAACUGAGCGGGACAUUAAUAAGCAGGACACAGUGGAGCAGAAAGACUUGCAGGGUAACGUCCCACCUGACGGUGCAGAACUAUCUCUGGAGGACAUCGAGCGCUGCUACGACAUGGGUCGUGUGGUGGGAGACGGGAACUUUGCGGUGGUCAGAGAGUGCCGUGUGAAAGGCCUGGAUGAAACCUUCGCCAUGAAGAUUGUGGACAACGCUAAGCUGCAGGGACGCGGUCACAUGAUCCAGAACGAGAUCGCUCUGCUGCGAAGUCUGGAACAUCCUCGGCUCAUCCAGCUGUUUCGUUCCCAUCACACGGACACACACGUUUACCUGCUGAUGGAGCUGGUCACCGGUGGAGAUCUGUUCGACGCCAUCACUCAGAGCGGCAGGUUUACUGAGCCGAGAGCUGCGUGCAUGAUCACAGAUGUCAGUCAGGCUCUGGAAUACAUCCACGACAAAAGCAUUGCACAUCGAGACAUCAAACCUGAAAACCUGCUGGUACAGCGGCAUGGCAAUGGAAGUCUGAAUCUGAAGUUGGCAGAUUUUGGCUUAGCCAUGGUGGUGACGGAGCCAGUGUUCACAGUUUGUGGCACACCUACAUAUGUUGCUCCAGAGAUACUUGCUGAGACAGGUUACGGUGUUGGAGUAGAUGUUUGGGCGAUGGGUGUUAUACUGUUUGUGCUGCUCAGUGGCUUUCCUCCGUUCCGCAGUCCAGAUCGCAAUCAAGAGGAACUAUUCCGUCUCAUCCAGAAGGGAGAAGUCCACUUUCUGUCCCCUUACUGGGAUAACGUGUCCGAGGGGGCUAAAGCUCUAGUCAGGGCUCUGCUGGAGGUCAACCCGAAUAGACGUUUGACAGCAAGUCAAACCCUGCAGCAGGACUGGCUUCAACAUGCAGCAGCACAACACGACCAUAAGGGGGCGGCAAAGGCCACUUACACCCCAGCUGACAGGCAGAGACUAAACAGACAUCUGGAAAUUAAUAAGAGAGAUUCUCACAAACCAGAGAUGUUGGCAGAGAAAUUUCAUGCAGCACAAAUUCACGAGAACAUACUGAACAAUAACUAUGAACCGGAUAUCAACGCACAUGGCAGAAACCAGGAGAUUGAAGAGAUUCAAAACAUGAUGAGCAACCAAUAUUCAUCCCAUGCCGAAGACACCACAACAAACAUUAAAAACAACACAGAUCAGCACGUACCCGAGAAACCAGCACAGCAAGAAGAUAAUGACUCAAAACAAGAGUGAGAAAUGAGGUAAAGGGUAGUGAAGCCAGCAUGAACAACUGACUAGAAGAAACUAAUGAUAUAUGAAGAGACCAAAAGAGUCCGGACAACACAGGCCAUGUGAAUGUGAAAAAGAGGGACGGUACGACUUGCAAAAUUUAACACCAUGAUACAAAAACAUUUAGUGUCUUCUCUCUCUCUCUCUCAACCUACACACAGACUCCAAGCACUGAUACUGACAGAAAGUUCGCCGUUUUUUUGACCAGGCCCCGGUGAAAUCGGCACUGGUUUCCACAUUUCUGCACUCAAGGAAGGGUAGGCAUUUUGUUUUAUAAACACUU